UUGGGGGGCUCAUAUCAUAUGUAACGAUAGAAGAAAAUGGCAAGAUUUCUCAUCGUGCUCACAUUGAUCCUUUGCUUCUGCUUUUCAUCAACAGUCAAAGCUGAAGCACAAUCUCAAACUGCUCCUAGAGAAGUGGAAGUACUCAAAGAAAUACUUAUACAACUGGGGAAAAAAGAAUGGAACUUCAGCAUAGACCCAUGCAUCAAUGACACAAAUUGGUUUACCCAAAAAUCUGAUAAAUUAACUCUCUACAACAACACUGUCAUCUGCAACUGCUCCAACCCUGAUGGUUUUUGCCAUGUUGUCAGCAUUUUUCUCAAAGGGCAAGAUCUUGCUGGUGUACUUCCACUAUCAAUUGCAAAGUUACCCUACCUAAAAAAAGUUGAUUUCACCCGGAACUACCUCAGCGGUACUAUACCGCGUGAAUGGGCUUCGACGAAGUUGGAAUCUCUGUCCCUUACCGUGAACAACUUAACGGGACCAAUCCCUGGCUACUUGGGAAACAUUACCACCCUACUCUCUCUGAGCUUAGAGAAUAACAUGUUUUCUGGAACUGUUCCUCCUGAGCUUGGGAAAUUGGUUUUCUUGAAUUAUCUCAAUCUGAAUGCCAACAAUCUCACAGGAGAGCUGCCCAGGGCUCUCACUAAUCUGACCGAGUUAACAGAACUUAGGAUUAGCAGUAACAAAUUCACUGGAAAAAUACCUGAUUUUUUUCAAAGCUGGAAACAACUUCAGAAACUAGAGAUCCAAGCUAGUGGCUUCCAAGGUCCAAUUCCAUCGAGCAUUUCUGUCUUGAGUAAUUUAAAAGAGCUAAGGAUCAGUGAUAUAGGUGGAGAGGGUUCAGAAUUUCCACCCUUGAGUAGUAUGACAAGCAUGAAUAGAUUAAUGUUGAGGAGCUGUGGCUUGUCUGGAAGUAUACCCCAUUAUAUUCCAACAAUGGCAAACUUGAUAGUAUUAGAUCUCAGCUUCAACAAUUUGGAAGGAAACAUUCCUGAUAUGGCGGCCCUGUCAAACUUGCAGUGGCUAUAUCUCACAAGCAACUUGCUCACUGGGCCUAUUCCAGACUGGAUCAUGAAGAGACAUCGUAAAACCCAGAUGGAUCUUUCUUACAAUAAUUUUUCUCAGAUCUCCGAGCAGCCAACUACUUGUAGAGAACAAUUGAACUUGUUCAAAAGCUUUUUCGGACAAGGCAACUCAUUAUCUGGAGGGUGCCUGGAAAAAAUUUCAUGUCCAAAAGAGGAGUACUCAUUACAUAUUAACUGUGGAGGAAGUAAAACCACUGUUGGAGGAAUCGUAUUUGAAGAGGAUCAAGACCCGGGUGGUGAUUCACGUUUUGUUGCGGUGAUACCUAAUUGGGGAAUCAGUACCACUGGACAUUUUUGGGACGUUAACGCCACCCAGCCGUACAUUACAAAUAAUAUGUCCGUGCUUGAAUUGAACAACUCAGAGUUGUACACGAGUGCACGCCUAUCUCCUCUCUCUCUCACAUAUUAUGCACGCUGCUUGGGGAAUGGAAAUUAUACCGUGAAACUUCACUUUUCGGAGAUAAUAAUCAGAGGCAACAAAUCUUUUCACAGUUUAGGAAGGCGGAUAUUUGAUGUCUAUAUUCAGGAGAAACUAGUGUGGAAGGAUUUUGACAUAAAAAAGGAAGCACAAGGGGUUGAUAGGGUAGUCGUUAAGGAACUUAAAGCAGUUCAAGUUAAGGAUAAAACUUUACUGAUCCGGUUUAAGUGGUCUGGGAAAGGGACAACAACUUCCCCAAAGAGAGGAACAUAUGGUCCUCUUAUAUCAGCUAUCUCUGUAGACUCUGAGUUCAAGCCUCCAAGUAGCAAAAGCAAAAUACCUAUUGUGGUUGGAACUUCAGUUGGAGCUUUUGUUGUGUGCCUUAUUUUCUUGAUUCUUUGGUGGAGAGGCAGUCUUGGUAGCAAGACAUCAAGGGAGAAAGUUCUAAGAGGACUGGAUCUGCAAACUGGUUUUUUCACCUUCAGGCAAAUUAAAGCUGCCACUAACAACUUUGAUCCCGAAAACAAAAUCGGGGAAGGCGGUUUUGGGUCUGUCUACAAGGGUAUAUUGUUGGAUGGUACUAUAAUCGCGGUUAAGCAACUAUCAUCAAAAUCAAAGCAAGGAAAUCGGGAAUUUGUGAAUGAAAUAGGCAUGAUAUCUGCUUUGCAUCAUCCAAAUCUUGUCAGAUUGUAUGGAUGUUGUAUUGAAUCAAACCAAUUACUGUUGGUAUAUGAAUACAUGGAAAAUAAUAGCCUUGCACAUACUUUGUUUGGUCCAGAGGAAGGUCCAUUAAAGCUGGACUGGUCUACAAGGCAGAAAAUAUGCAUAGGUAUAGCAAGAGGUCUGACUUUUUUGCAUGAGGAGUCGCCACUGAAGGUUGUACAUAGAGACAUUAAAGCUACAAAUAUAUUGCUAGACCAAGACCUCAACGCAAAGAUCUCUGACUUUGGUUUGGCCAAGCUUGACGAAGAGGAGAACACUCACAUUAGCACCAGAGUUGCUGGAACCAUAGGAUACAUGGCUCCAGAAUAUGCACUAUGGGGUUAUUUAACAUAUAAAGCAGAUGUUUACAGCUUUGGUGUAGUUGCAUUGGAAAUUGUUGCUGGAAAGAACAACAUGAAAUAUCGACCAAAUGAGAACUUCGUAUGCCUUGUGGAUUGGGCUCUUGUUUUACAACAAAAGGGGAACUUAAUAGAGCUAGUGGAUCCAAGGUUGGGGUCCGAUUUUGAAGUGGAAGAGGUGAUUACAAUGGUCAAGGUAGCUCUCUUAUGCAUCAAUCCAGCCCCAGCUCUCAGGCCGACCAUGUCUGCAGUAGUGAGCAUGCUUGAAGGACGGACACUUGUUCGUGAAUCGGUCAUGAACCCAAAUAUUUACGGCGAUGAACUGAAGUUAGCAACCUUGAGAAACCCGUUUGAUCCGACUGCACAGGGGGUUACAAGUGGAACUCAGAGCCUUGUUGGUUCAUCAGAUGCAACAUGGGUUAAUUCUUCUGCUGCCACGUCCUCAGAUCUCUAUAAAAUUGGUCCUAGUAGUAGUACAUCUACUUAGUAAUUAACGUAAACCUUGUUAUGGGCUCAAGUAUGCAUAUUCUCGUGUAAUGAUAAGUAGUACGUACACUUUCCAAUAUCAAAGCUUCAGCUUCA